AUGUUUACCCGCCUCUCUACUGUUUUCGUUGUUCUCCUUGGCCUGAUGGCCCUUGUCAGCGCUGGUGUGCCAGAAGAGUCCCCAGAACCAGACCCAGGCAAGCCAGUGGUAGUUGGGCAUGAAGAGUCUCCAGAACCAGACCCAUGUACCACUAAGGCCGCAGCAGACCUCUAUUCUUAUUAA